GCACGAGCUCCAAGGUCCCAAAUUGAGAUUUUUUGGUGCCCCCGUUGAUGCACAUCCACGGAAUGGUGUCCCCGUCAUGUCUGAAGCCGCAACAACCCAGUCGCUUCUCAACCUCAAUGCAUUGCUCGACAACCCAGUCUUCGCCGGAGGCUUCGGCCUCGCAUCGCUCGGUGCGGUGCUGGCAUUUGCGCGCAAGGGGACAAUCGCGGGUGCAGGCAUGAUCCGGAGACGGCUCCUUGUCAACGUCGAGAUCAGCAAGCGAGAUCCAGCAUACCCUUGGAUUCUUGCGUGGCUAUCACAACCCCGCGAGUACAGCUCUUUCCUCGCCAAACGAUUGACGCGAAUCAACAAACUUGCCGUGGCGACAGCGGCCACUACGACUCCCAACGGAGCGACGCGUGCCGAUGUCAUUUUGCAGCCCGGUUACGGAACACAUCUGGUCAAGCACAAGCAUGCGUACAUUGCUGUCAACAGGGAGAAGCAGUCGACGUCGAAUCUCAACACGGGCGAACCGCACGAAACUGUCCAGCUGACGACGCUGUACGCACAUCGACAUAUCUUCGAGGAUGUUUUCACCGAGGCGCGGGAGAUCGCCCUCCAGGCCAACGAGGGCAAGACUGUCGUCUACUCGGUACGCAACUUCGACUGGGUGCCUCUCGGUGCGCCGAAGAGAAAGAGGCCGCUAUCCAGUGUUGUGCUCGACGACGGUAUCAAAGAGGGCAUUGUUGGCGACGUGAAGGAUUUCCUCGAGAGGCAGCAGUGGUAUAGUAACCGGGGCAUACCGUAUCGACGAGGUUACCUACUACACGGGCCGCCUGGAAGUGGAAAGAGCUCUUUCAUCCAAGCCUUGGCGGGCGAGCUGGAUUACAGCGUGGCCAUGGUCAAUCUGAGCGAGCUUGGUGUCACUGAUGACAAGCUCGCCUUUCUUCUCACAAAGCUGCCUGAAAGGACAAUUCUGCUUUUGGAAGAUGUGGAUACAGCCUUUGUAAAUCGGACGAAGCGAGGGUCAGAUGGUUACAGCGGUCCGACUGUCACCUUCUCGGGCUUGUUGAACGCGCUCGACGGCCUUUCCGCAAGCGAAGAGCGCAUCGCGUUCCUCACUACAAAUCAUAUUGAGCUCCUAGACCCUGCUCUGAUACGGCCGGGGCGUGUUGACAUGAUGAUCCGCAUAGGGGAGGCUACCAGGGUUCAAGCUGGACACAUGUGGGACAACUUCUACGGCGAUGUGGACGAGGAUGGGUCAGGAAAAGAGCGCUUUCUGGCUAGACUUGAUGAGAUCGGCCUAUUCGCUGAAGGGAGGGCUGGGGAAGCACCGAUACGGACAUCGACGGCUGCGAUCCAGGGAUUGUUCCUCUUCCAUAAAGACAACAUGGAAGACGCCAUCACCAUGGCCGAUGCACUGAUUCCCCAGAAGAUCGUGGGAGAAUCUGGGUGAGCACUGGAGACCGUGUAUCAAUACUUGUCGCCAUGCUGCACAGGCGAUGGCAAACCAUAUUUGUACUAUAUUUUGAAGAUACCCAGUGCGUGACUGACUCGCCAGGAGAGAACAGCAUGAAGACACUACAGGGACAUUACCAGCUGCGCGGCGUGAGUGCCCGCAACGAGACAUGGAAUAAACCACCAGACAGCAAUGAAUAGAGUCGGCUAGACUAGUUGUGCAUGCAUCACGAUUUGCUCCUGCAUUUGCUCUGCCCGAGUCUGCGACGGAGUCGUACAAUGCAGCUUAUAAUGAUAUUUUCUCUUCUGGCGCUAAAAACGGACAUUAGAGUGGGUGCACUCGGGAACGUGGCUGAUGUCGGGAAAGGUCGGCGGUUUCUCUGCCAUUGCCGAUGGAUCUAG